CGUCAAAACAAACACGUCUUAAAGUAGCGUUCAAACAGCCCACCGAAGUUUCCCCUUAAUAUCCGGAACCGGUUGCCAAAAAUGAAAAAAAGAUGUGAAAAGAUUCUACUCGCUUUUGGCCUCCCGGAGGUGGCGCUAUGAGGGUGACGGAGUUAAUUAGUGCUUCCAAACGCCGUGUGUGAGCUCAUCGAAGUCAUGCUCUGCACACAUAUUAUUUAUAGCAGAUCUGAGGCAUGCAUGGUGUUUGACAUUUCUGUCUUUAUAAGCAGGGGGACUUCAAAAAGUCGUGGGCAUUCCCCUAGGCAAAGUGCAGUGGGCAGGGACCAGGGUGCGGGCGCAAGGCAAACGCGCAGACCACGAGUGUCCUGGCGCAGGUGCCAGGGGCGGCGGCUGCAACUCCGCAGCGUCCGCUCCGGAGGAGAGUUCGCGGCUGAUCUCCGGAUGCCUUGCAGAUGCAAAAUGUGUCUCUGGCCAGCAGGAGGAAGGAAGAGGAAGUGAGAGCAGCGGCAGCCGGCGGUGCAGCAGCCGGCCGACCCAGAGUGUAAGUGCGUGUGCUGGGGCGAGCGGGAGCGGGCGAGAAUGGGCACAAGAUAGAGGUAGAGCCACCCACGCCGCCGCGGCCCCACGCUGGGCGACAGAGCCUCCAGUUCCCCUUCAAUGGUGGCGGGUCGCCACAGCUCUGACCGCCGGGAACCCUUGCCGCUGCUGUCCUGCGACCCCUAGCAGGUAUAGACACGUGUGGCCGUUUACACUGUAGGAUCCCCAGUCCCACUGGCUUUGAACGUUUUGGAGGCUUACAAUGCCACCACCCGCGGACAUCGUCAAGGUGGCCAUAGAAUGGCCGGGCGCCUACCCCAAACUCAUGGAAAUUGAUCAGAAAAAACCACUGUCUGCAAUAAUAAAGGAAGUCUGUGAUGGGUGGUCUCUUCCCAACCAUGAAUAUUUUGCACUGCAGCAUGCCGAUAGUUCAAACUUCUAUAUCACAGAAAAGAACCGCAAUGAGAUAAAAAAUGGCACUAUCCUUCGAUUAACCAAAUCUCCAGCUCAGAACGCCCAGCAGCUCCAUGAACGAAUCCAGUCCUCGAGUAUGGAUGCCAAACUGGAAGCCCUGAAGGACUUGGCCAGCCUCUCCCGGGAUGUCACAUUUGCCCAGGAGUUUAUAAACCUGGAUGGCAUCUCUCUCCUCACGCAGAUGGUGGAGAGCGGCACUGAGCGAUACCAGAAAUUGCAGAAGAUCAUGAAGCCUUGCUUUGGAGACAUGCUGUCCUUCACCCUGACGGCUUUCGUUGAGCUGAUGGACCAUGGCAUAGUGUCCUGGGAUACAUUUUCGGUGGCAUUCAUUAAGAAGAUAGCAAGUUUUGUGAACAAGUCAGCCAUAGACAUCUCGAUCCUGCAGCGGUCCUUGGCCAUUUUGGAGUCGAUGGUGCUCAAUAGCCAUGACCUCUACCAGAAAGUGGCGCAGGAGAUCACCAUCGGCCAGCUCAUUCCACACCUGCAAGGGUCAGAUCAAGAAAUCCAAACCUAUACUAUUGCAGUGAUUAAUGCACUUUUCCUGAAGGCUCCUGAUGACAGGAGGCAGGAGAUGGCGAAUAUUUUGGCUCAGAAGCAAUUGCGUUCCAUCAUUUUAACACAUGUCAUCCGAGCCCAAAGGGCCAUCAACAAUGAGAUGGCGCAUCAGCUGUAUGUUCUGCAAGUGCUCACCUUUAACCUCCUGGAAGACAGGAUGAUGACCAAAAUGGACCCCCAGGACCAGGCUCAGAGGGACAUCAUAUUUGAACUUCGAAGAAUUGCUUUUGAUGCCGAGUCUGAACCUAAUAACAGCAGUGGCAGCAUGGAGAAACGCAAGUCCAUGUACACGCGAGAUUAUAAGAAACUUGGCUUCAUUAAUCAUGUCAACCCUGCCAUGGACUUCACGCAGACUCCACCUGGGAUGUUAGCUCUGGACAACAUGCUGUACUUUGCCAAGCACCACCAAGAUGCCUACAUCCGGAUUGUGCUUGAAAACAGUAGCCGAGAAGACAAGCAUGAAUGUCCCUUUGGCCGCAGUAGUAUAGAGCUGACCAAGAUGCUGUGUGAGAUCUUGAAAGUGGGCGAGUUGCCUAGUGAGACCUGCAACGACUUCCACCCGAUGUUCUUCACCCACGACAGAUCCUUUGAGGAGUUUUUCUGCAUCUGUAUCCAGCUCCUGAACAAGACAUGGAAGGAAAUGAGGGCAACUUCUGAAGACUUCAACAAGGUAAUGCAGGUGGUGAAGGAGCAGGUUAUGAGAGCACUUACAACCAAGCCUAGCUCCCUGGACCAGUUCAAGAGCAAACUGCAGAACCUGAGCUACACCGAGAUCCUGAAAAUCCGCCAGUCCGAGAGGAUGAACCAGGAAGAUUUCCAGUCCCGCCCAAUUUUGGAACUAAAGGAGAAGAUUCAGCCAGAAAUCUUAGAGCUGAUCAAACAGCAACGCCUGAACCGCCUCGUGGAAGGGACCUGCUUUAGGAAACUCAACGCCCGGCGGAGGCAAGACAAGUUUUGGUAUUGUCGGCUUUCGCCAAAUCACAAAGUCCUGCAUUACGGAGACUUAGAAGAGAGUCCUCAGGGAGAAGUGCCUCACGAUUCCUUGCAGGACAAACUGCCGGUGGCAGAUAUCAAAGCCGUGGUGACGGGAAAGGACUGCCCUCAUAUGAAAGAGAAAGGUGCCCUUAAACAAAACAAGGAGGUGCUUGAACUUGCUUUCUCCAUCUUGUAUGACUCAAACUGCCAACUGAACUUCAUCGCUCCUGACAAGCAUGAGUACUGUAUCUGGACGGAUGGACUGAAUGCGCUACUCGGGAAGGACAUGAUGAGCGACCUGACGCGGAAUGACCUGGACACCCUGCUCAGCAUGGAAAUCAAGCUCCGCCUACUGGACCUGGAAAACAUCCAGAUCCCUGAUGCACCUCCGCCGAUUCCCAAGGAGCCCAGCAACUAUGACUUCGUCUAUGACUGUAACUGAAGUGGCCGGGCCCAGACACGCCCCUUCCAAAACUGGAACACCUAGCUAACAGGAGAGAGGAAUGAAAACACGCCCACGCCUUGGAACCCUCGUUUGGUAAAGGGAAGCUGUGGGUCCACACUCCCUUCAGCAUCACCUCUAACCCCGGCAACUUUCAGCCCCUAGCUGGCAUCUUGCUCACCACCCUGAUUCUGUUCCUUGGCUCCACUGCUUCAGGUCACUUCCCAUGGCUGCAGUCCACCGGUGGGACAAGAGCAAAGCCCACUGCUAGUAAGAAGGCCAAAGGGCCCUUCCAUCUUCGCCCCCCACAGGCAUGCCCUUCCUUCCCUGUGGCAGGAAAGCCAGCAGCCCCAGACUGCCCCAAAACUUGCCCACCAGACCAAGGGGAGUGCCCCAAGGCCCCUGUCUGGAGGAAAUGGCCCAGCUAUUUGAUAAGAAGACCAAACCCCACAUCCUCCUUUCCCCUCUCUCUAGAAUCAUCUCGUACCACCAGUUCCACUUGAAUUGAGAUCUGCGCUCAAAUCUCCUCCCACCUCCCUCCCUGCUUUUGCCUUGCUCUGUUCCUCUUUGGUCCCAAGAGCAGCAGCCGCAGCCUCCUCAUGAUCCUCCCUAGCAUCAGUUUCCCAAACAGUCCACAGGUCCCACGCCCACUUUGCGUCUGCACUGUGAUCGUGACAAAUCUUCCCUCCUCACCAGCUAGUCUAGGGUUUCUUCUCCCUGCCCCAGGCCAGAACUGCCUUCUUCAUUUCCACCCACACUCCCAGCCUUUUAGCUGAAAGCACAAAUGGUGAAAUCAGUAGUCUCGCUCCAUCUCUAAUAGACUAAACCUAAAUGCCUCUAGGACGGGCUGUUGCUAUCCAAGGGUUUGGUGUUACCUUCUCCUGGGAGGUCCUGCUGCAACAUGAGUUCCACAGGAUGGUCAAACUGUCAGACAUCCAAGUUUACAUCAUUGUAAUUAUUACUGGUAUUUACAAUUUGCAAGAGUUUUGGGUUAGUUUGUUUUUUUUUGUUUUUGUUUUUGUUUUUUUUUUUUUUUGCUUUGUUUUUGUACAAAAGAGUCUAACAUUUUUUGCCAAACAGAUAUAUAUUUAAUGAAAAGAAGAGAUACAUAAAUGUGUGAAUUUCCAGGUUUUUUUUAAUUAUUUUAAUCCCAAACAUCUUCCUGAAAAUAACAUUCCCUUAAACAUGCUGUGGAAUAAAAUGGAUUGUGAUGAUUUGGGGAGCUGGUGUUUUGAUUUCGUAACUUAGGUUCUUGCUACUAAGUCAUCAGCAUCACCUAGGAGCUUGUUGGAGAUGCCAGCUCUUCAGCUCUGUCCCAGACUCGCUGAAUUGGGUGAUGUGUAUGUACAUUGGUUUGAAAAACACUGCUGUGGGAAACCUUGCACCUUUGCUAGGUCACCAUAGGCUCGGAGCAUCAGUGGAGAAUGUUACUUCUAAGAAGACCAUCUCUACUCACUGAGAAAAUCAGACCCACCGUAUGAAAAUAUCUAUGCCUUUUACAUUGUUGUCUCUUGACCAUGACUUUCUCUUCUUUUUCUUUCUUACCAUGAUAUAAUUUAUAGAGUGGGUCAAAUUAAACACAUCACAACUUUGAGGAAGCACAUUUAGCAGUGAAAAGAAUGCAAACCGACAGACCUGAAAUAAAUUAAGCCAGAACUAAAUAAAUCUAACUGUGGAUUAAUCAUGGGUCAGAGCCCAGCAAAGGAUGUUUCUUAGGUCAUUUCCACUGGAGGCAUUAUCAGGAUUGUAAACUUCCAGCCCUGGGAGGGAUGUCAGAAGGGUCCAAGGUGCAGUAUUAAGCGUGGUGCAGCACAAGCCACUCUGGCCUCACAGCACAAGCUGUGGAAGCAUCCAGGUCAUUGCUCUUUACCGUCAUCAGGAUGUGCAAUUACAGAUUGACCUGGGUUGAGAUGAUAUGGUCCAGAGCACUGCAUGCAUUGCAGGAAAAAAAGUCCUUUGCAUUCCAAAGCCAUUCACAGGGGUUCCUUCUUCCCAUCAGAGCACUCACACCUGAGUGUUGAGCUGUUGAUUCAUUGAUCAUUAAGCUUCGAUGUUAUUAACAUGUACCUGCUGUCGAGAGCAUUUAUUAGUCUACCCAUCAUCAUGAUAAAACAGUAACUGUUAGGUCAAAGAAAGCAAACAAAGUCAUAUUAUUUUUUACUUAUGGGUUACAAGAUCCAAUCCAUGAAAAAGGGAAUUUUCUGGACCAGGAUCUCUGAGGUCCUGAGACUCUGGGUUUAAGAAAUGGAUCUGUCCUGUGACCUUGGCUGGGAAGAUCCAGCCCCUCUCUCUUCUGGCACUCCGGCUUUGGUGCAUUUAAUAGAAAGAAACCUUUUCAGGACUAUAAAAGGCAGCAUUCUCCAGCUCCUCCCUAGACCAUCCUUUGGACCUGUGAGAUCUGAAGAGCAUGCCAUCUGUUUCCCUUCAUUUUGUGACCAUGUGGGGAAGGAUUGUUGCCCAUAUUUGGCCACCUCACCUUCUCCCCAGGCUGCCCAAGGCUUUUUUUCCCAUGCAAUAAGCCUACCGCCUCCAACUCAUCUCCUGUUGCCUGCAGUUUCCUAAGCCUGGGCAAUUCAGCCAAAUCCAAGGCAGAAGUAAAGUAGGAAGACUGAUGUCAUGAAGUCCAAGUUGCGUUCUCCCAUUCGCCUUGCUCAAAAUAAAACUGAUAAUUUGAA